AUCCAUAUUCCAUCUCUUCUAACCCUCUCUCAGAUCACACGUAUUGCAGUGACCGUAGAGAGAGAGAGAGAAAAAGAAGACAGAGAAAAUGGUGAAAUCAAAGGAAUUAGAAAAUGUGACAGAAUCAACAACACUAGAAACACUGAAUCGUACUUUGUACAAUGUUGAACAACUUCAAUCAGAAUUACCUGAAUUCCUUUCCAAUUCAGACCCUGAUCUUCUCUCUCAAUUACCACUCCUUCAACGUGCUCAAUCUCUCUUCACUCUCGCUAAACUCACUUCAACCCUUUUUUCAUUGAAGUUGAAGUGUAGAGGGAUUAACCCAAAUGAUCAUCCUUUCAAAUCUGAGCUUGAUAGGUUAAGUUUGUGCCAAAGGAAAUUGGAACGUCUUCCAAAUUUGAGUGAAGAACAGUGGCAAGAUAUGAUGGAGAAAAAGAUGUAUCAGGAGCAGACUGGUCAAAAGAGGAAGUAUCCAUCUUCUGAAGAACAAUUUGAAGAAUAUGAUUCCAAGGAGUUUGUGGAGAAAUUACCAGGGGAGUUUCUUGGUGGUGAUGGUAGUAGUGGAAGUAGUAUCAAGGAACCAAUAAUAAUUGACCUAUUAGACGAUGACGACGACGACGAUGAGUAUAUGUGAACAACAUGGAGCUGUAUUCAUGGGAGGGAAUCAUUUUGAUUUGUUCAGCAUCGUCUUGCUUUUCCAUGUUUUUGGACGACUCGCCAAAUUUUGGUGAUGCAUACUGCCCAACAAAAAUGCUCUCCUAAUUCAAAUGGCAAGUGGAUUGCACGCUAACAUCCUCGUCUCAGUUAAUGUGCAACAGUUAUCAAGCUAAAUUGCUGUUUGUAAGAGAUGAAUAUUCAUGGCUUAUGAGAGUGGGGUUAACUAUGCUUUUUAAGUUGCGUCUUAAUGUUACAAUUGUGCUUUUAACUGUGUAUAUAUGUAUGGAUAGAUUCAAUGUUAGAUGAUGAAUUUUUGAAAAUCAACUUGCUUGUAUUAAGA